AUGGGGACUCUCUUGCGCUUUCUACAUGGUCAACUUUCGACUCCGCCGAUGCCUGCAGUCGACCUGACUGGGCGCACCAUCUUGGUCACUGGAGCCAAUUCUGGCCUCGGUCUCGACGCCGCCAAAUUGUUGGUGCAGCUCAACUGCAGCACUGUCAUCUUGGCAUGUCGAAGCCUAGAGAAAGCAGAAAAGGCCAAAGAGAUCGUGCAGGCAGUGCCGAGCGCAAAUGGGCAAAAGCCGUCUGUUAUUACGAUGGAGGUGGACAUGGCAUCAUUUUCCAGCGUUGUCGCCUUUGCCCAACAAUGUGAUAGCAUGCCCCGGCUUGACGCCGCGGUAUUAAAUGCCGGGGUCGACCUCACCGAAUUCUCACUGUCGGAGGGAUACGAGACCACCAUCACGGUCAACGUUAUCUCGACAUUUCUCCUUGCCACAUUGAUGAUUCCCAUCCUGCGUAGGUCGGCACAGAAACACAGCAUCUCGCCUGUGCUCGCCAUUACGGGUUCAGUGGUGCACUUCUGGGCUAGUCCAAAAGACAUCACCAGGCCGGCCGAGGGACAGAUUCUAAAGACUCUCUCUGAUAAGGGAAAGGCAGACAUGAAAGCGCGAUACUAUCUCAGCAAACUGAUUGUGAUGCUCCUGGUGAAACACCUGGCUUCCUUGUUGUCGCAUUCCGCUCAGCAGGAUCCGAAUGGCAAACCAUUGGUGGUCGUCAACAACGUGGCUCCAGGGUUUUGCACGACCAACCUAUUCCGCCAUGAAAACGGUUUCCCGAACAAUUUGAUGCUGAAAGCGGUCGGGCGACCAAGCGAACAAGGUGCUCGAACAUUGGUGCAUGCAGCCACGGCAGGCAAGGAAACUCAUGGACAAUAUCUAAGCGAGUGCCGGGUCAAGUCGUACAGUGACUAUGUGAAAAGUGCGGAAGGGGAUCGAACGGCAAACAGGCUCUGGAGCGAACUAUGUGCGAUCUAUGAAGAGGUCAAACCAGGUUGCACGAAGGAGCUGUGA